GGUGACUGUAGAAUUUUUAUGAACGCCAUUUGUCCCGAAAGAUUUGACGAAAGAUAAUUUAAGAAUUCAGAAAAAAAUCGGAAGGAAUUGAGAAUAAUGGGACAAAAUUUGGGAGAUAUCUGAAACGUAACUUCUCUUGCAUAUGGUUGCGCAUUAGCAAAGGCUUUCAAAGAUGUAGCCAUUAGUUUUGAAAUGAGGAAAAAAAUCGAAAAUAAAUCAUACGCUCGGCGUUCUCUAUGUCUAUGGUCAAACGUCACGAGGAAUGUUUUGACCUUUCGAGAGUAAUAUUUUUGUAGUUCCUUUAUAAGUGAAGGGUGAUUUACAGGUUAGUUGCUAUUGUUACUCAUCACAAUGCCUACCGUAUCGAGUAUCACGCAUUACUCCCUUAAGGUUAUCUUUGCGAUACAUUUCGUGCUCGUCACUUGGGGGGUCCAGGGAAAAUGGUGCCCACAGUCAAUAGUAUUUUACAAUCUGAUAUUUUUCAUCUGCCUACUGUGGGCGAUCCACAAUCUGGAAUCGGAUGAACCGAUACAAUUUGCCCUGUUCGUGAACGUUGCUUCGAUAUUUUUUGACAUAAUUACCUUGUCGGUGUACUUCUCAGAUGCCUAUUAUGCGUGGGAAAAAUUGAGUGCAGCCAUGUUGAUCAUCAACGUUGUCGUAAGAUUUGUGACCAGCUACUGCCUUCUUCGAAUCGGCCAAGCUAGAGGAGGUCUGCUUGUUGAUAUGUUUGCAAGCAGUCCCGCAAUGGGUUUAGGAAGGCACGAAUAUGAAGACAUAUCACAGCCAGUUCCUCAGAAUGCCGACUUUGCAUGAAACGGAUGUGGGAUACCAUGCUUUUUUGUAAAAUAUUACAGUGAUAUUAUAACCAAGAUUUUUAUUGUUUAGGUUGCUGCAAUUAUAAUACCCAUUGCAUUUAACGAAAACUAUAAGCCAGUAUAAGUGAAAUUACCAUGAAGUAAAUCAGACAUAAUUUACCUAAGUUUACCACAAAAUAUUUUCAUUUUUUUUCUACAUGGUAACAUAUGGCUGCAGCGUAAUGAUUUUCACUUGAAAAAUAUUUUUAGAUAAAACAAUUGCCAAAAAAUAGUAAUCACCUUACUAAUAUGUGAUCUUGGAUCAAAUAAUACUAUCCACAUUAAUUCGUACAUGGGUUAAUUAAUUAAAUAAAAGCUCAGUCUAAAUGUACGUACAUUAGAAAUUAAUGUUAUGCAUUUGUUUUCUUUAAUUUUGCAACAAUAAUUUCUUUGAAUGAAAAUCCGAGGUUCAUCUUGUCAUACACAGAGUAAAAACGACCUGCUUAUAAAAGGAAAUGUAGUAGUAAGAAAAUGAAUUUUUUUUUUCAGUUUUAUACAUUUUUUUUAUUGGCCCACACCCAGCCUUUACAAAAAAUUUUCUCUCCGGCUUAAACUCAAUAAUUUAUCGUUCAUUUUCUUCACCAUUAUUUAAAGAGCACUUAAAUUAUACAAACUAUGAUUAGUCUAGCCUAAGCAAAGAAAUGAUAUCACAUGAAGGAUGAUUUAUAUAAUUUACUCAUUUCUUGUAAGAUUUAUUUUUUCUGAUUAUAUCUGUAUAACACGUAGUCUAUUAUGCAAACUGAUAUAAAAAUAAUUUUGACCAUAAUGGAACUGAUAUUCGUAAUAAUCGAUAACAAAUAAUUUGAAUUCUCAGUAUCGAGUAUUCGAUAAUUUCAAUGGAUUCCAACUCUGUAUCGAAUUUCAAUAAAUUAAUUCAAAGUUUUGAACCAAAAAACAAGAAGAA